CCUCAUUUUCAACUCCCCUUGUGUGAGCUAUGUGUGUGAAGUGGUAGCUAGCAAAUCGGCUAAUUACUCUUUUUGGGGUUAUUUUUCGUUCAAAUGUCGCUUCUCAUUUGCCUUGACUGAACAGCUAGCAAGACCCAGAGGGUAGCUAAAGCUUGUUGUCUAGCUUACUGUUCUGAAGCCACGCUGUUCCAUCAUCAGUUCCACCAACCAGGUGAGCUAGGUGCGUGGAAAGGUGCGUCGCAAAUUUAUUUCCAUUGAAAAGUUUUUUUUAGGUAAGCUCGAUAGAAAAUAAAAGAAGAAAGCGCAGACCUAGAGGAACCACUACAGAUGUAGUCGCUCGACAGUCAGCAGUCAUGUCCAUUGAAUACACCAUCGAUAUCCAGCUAACAGAGCUGGGGUAUUCGGACAUCCUACAACCGCGCGAGACCUCGGUUACAGAGACGCCCUGUCGCUCCACAUCACCUGAAGGCUCAUUUGUACCCAGGCCCUCUCCCACUUCACUUUCAACCACACAUGUUCACAGACGACUUGUCAGAGGCCAGCAGUCAGUUGAUGAUAAACGGACCUCACCACUGUCAGAGACAUCUACUCUCCAGAAUCCUCCACGGAGUCUACAAGAUGAACAAGCUGUCGAAGGCCCAGCGGCUCUUGAGAUGUCAGAGCCCAGGGUGACUGAUCCAGACCUUCCACAGCCAAUAACCGAACAGGAGGACAAUGUAAAGAGAGAUGUCGAUGACGGAGAUGCUGCACAAGAGGGUUCAACAGAGAUGCAGCAGGUUGUUUGGGAUGACUCCGAUGACAGUGAGGUUUCAGAGGUAUAUGAGGAAGAAGAGGUGGAUGAGGAAGAUGAUGACGAUGAUGAGCAGGAGGGACUAAAAAAUGAGUCAAGUCAAUCAGGCGACUACCGCUGCAGUGUCUGUGAUCUCCAGCUGCUCUCCGACUUCAAGCUCCAGGACCACAUGAAUCUGCACACUGGAGCGCGGCCGUACUGCUGUGCUGAAUGUGGAAAGCGUUUCUGCCAGAUCUACAGCUAUCGGGCCCACCUGCGCACGCACGCCCAGACUAAAGUGGAUCGUCCCCUGUGUCGCGUAUGUCUGAUGGUCUUUGCGUCGAAGGAAGAGCUGAAACACCACCUUUUAAUUAAUCACUUUGAGAAUGAGUUUUACGAGUGUGACCUGUGCAAACGUGUUUUCACUUGCCUGAAGGAGUGUCGACACCACGUGCAGCUACACAGGUGUAGGCUGGAUGUCGUAUGCAAGGUGUGUGGCCGCAAUUUCUCCUCUCCAAAAGCUCUUGCGCGCCACCGGAGGAAGACGUGCCAUCACGUUUUAAAAUGCACAGACUGCACCAAGACCUUUACUAAGAAGAACGCGCUCCUGAAACACAGCUUCUCCCAUCUGGGUUUGUUGCCUUACACCUGUAUACGCUGCCGCUGCCACUUCCGCCUGGCAAGGCUGUACCGUCGACACAAGUGUGAACCCGAUCGCAUUCACUGCGUGGCGUGUCUGAGAGAGUUCCUCAGCCAGGAGGACUUCCAGCAGCACAAAAAGGACACCGGCUGCUGGGGCAACCAGGACCCUAAAGGGGACGAGAUCAGAUGUUUGGAGUGUGGAGAGAGAUUUGACACUUCUGAAGAGCUGAAGAAACACGCCGGGGCUCACCAGAGGGUGCUGAAAUGUGCUGAAUGUGGAAAGGGUUUCCGGUCGGCCUUGCUCUUAAUGUCCCACAUGGGCGGGCACGCCGGCCAGUCGCCCUGCCUUUGUCAGAGCUGCGGACUGGGUUUUCCCCACCAGCAGAACUAUGACAGCCACCUUAAGACCUGUGGACAAACACCUCAGCCUGCGAGUGCUCCUAAGAAACGCCAGACUUCCAGGAGCUCCUCAUCGGAAGCAAAAAAGGUCGAUUCAAAACCAGACUCACAGAAUCCCACGAAGCCAGCCGCUAAACCUGCUGUGGUUCUAAACAGCCCUCCUGCACCUGUGAAGGAUUCUCGUAGUUCAGGACUUGUGACAAGGCCUGUGUCGACUGGCUCUGGUACAUCAGAUGGAUUAUGGAAGUUAACCCUGGACAAACAGCCGCCUCCUGGUGUUAAACUUGUCGUGUUUCUUCCUGUCUGUGCAACUCAAACCAACGACCUGACACUCCCGUCUGCGAGCUCUCCGACACUACUAGUUCCAGCCGUACCGGGCCAGCUUCAAGAGAUUCCUGUUCCUGUUUCAAAUGAACACCUGGGAGUGAACACCGCUCUCGGAGCACCACUAAAUGGCCCCCUGAAUUUGGUAACUGGGAUCAAAAAGGACCCAGAAUGGGAGGCGCCUCUGGAUUUGUCUAUGAAGUGUAUCUCAUCUAGGUCUGCUCUGAGGAACAUUCCUGCUCUUCCUAUUAAAAGUGAGCCAGGAGAAGAUGAACUCUCAGCAGAGGCUAAUGGCACUGAAAGACAAGAAUUUAAAACCAGCUAUAGUAAAGCGAUGGUUAAAACCGAUCCAGGAGAGGCCGAUGCAUAUACUGAAGCAAAGCAGUUUAAAAUGGAUCCCAUGAAUCUGUCCAGUUCCUACACUACAUCCUCUGGACUUAUAGUAGACGUUAAGAAAGAGCGUCAGUCUCCUGGUCCUGAUUCACGUCCGUGGUCAUCCAGAUCGCUCCAGCUGACAGAGAAAGAAAUUAAGAUGGAGGUUGAUGUUUCACGCCCUGCAGAGAAAUAAACGUAAACAUUUCUUUAGUGAGGGCGAAAUAAAUGAAAGAGAAUAAAACCGCCUACACCUACUGCUGUACCUGUAGCCACGCUAACAUGGAGGCGUUUCUAAAGCCAGAACGAUAUACUAUUCAAUGUAUACAUUUCUGUUACUCAGUAGUAAUAUAUGUAGGAUUUUAGUUUCUUCUGUAGUUCAAACAAAACAUUCCGAGUUCUUCCUGCUUAUAGCAUGUCUUUUAUUUAGAUUUUGGGUGAAGCUUGUGGCUCGGGCCACCUCAGGAGAAGGGCAGUGUAACAGUCAUGAAGCCUAUGCAAUAUUUCCAGGAUUUCCUAGAGCAUUAAACAGUGUUCCUGAUUUCUACCUUCCUCUACUUAUUAUCGUGUAGGGAAUUUGAAUCCUUAGGUUUUUUGAAUGUAUAUUACGUUGAAUAAAACACUGGCUUUCUUAGCAUUCAGCUGAAAACUUGAAGAUAUGUGUAUUUUUUAUGGAAAAAACACUUGACCUUUAGUACUAUUUUAAAUGAGUUAAGUAUACUACUGAUCAAUAAUAUAACAUUCUGUCACCUCGGGAUAUACAUUUGCUGAAUCUUUACAGUCUGCAGGUAUCUUUUGAUGUUUUUGUAAAGGCAAAUAAACGAUUGCCCGAUAUUUUGUUCAUACUUUUAUAUUCUUAUUACAAAAGAUUGCCUUGUGUGUCUCUCCUUAAAAAGGAAAACUCAAUCACAGCUAUACAUCCAAAGAGUCAGGUAAGUAUUUUACUGAAUACAUGCACUGAAAAAUUUGAUGCAUUUCUUUUGCAAUUUUAGCCAUUUCUGUGAGACAUAAUAUGCUGUCGAGAAG